AUGCGUGCCAAAGUGACGAAGAUAUAUUUCACUAUAUGCGUACUGGCAAGCGCGUGCGCCUUCCAGCAGCAAUACUUCAGGGUGGUCCCACGUAGCCUGCGAGUGCAGGAAGGCGCAGAGGCUGUCCUUGAGUGCGCCGUAGCCAACUUAGCGGGUCAGGUGCAAUGGGCGAAGGAUGGAUUCGCGUUGGGCUUCUCGUCGGUAAUACCAGGAUACCCCCGCUACACCAUGUUCGGUGACAGACGGCACGGCGUUUACAACCUUCGGAUCGUCAACGCAACCCUGGAGGACGACGCGGAGUACCAAUGCCAAGUAGGACCGGCCCAGAUGCACAAGGUCAUAAGGGCCAACGCCUCGCUGAACGUUAUAUGUAAGUACCUUCCUUUAAUAGAAGAGCGUGCCAUCGAA